UUGAUGGUGAACAGUUUAAUCUGAACAUAGUAAUACUACAACGUAAUUUAAUUGCAAACAAUUAAAGAUGUGACAAUCUUUCCCCUUAUUCUUAGUUUAUUUAAUAAUAAUAAUGUUUUUUUUUCAUUCUCAUCAAGUCCAAUACCUUUACUGAAUGGUAACAAUUAAGCUAAUCACAUGAUUCUGUUGUGCAAUUAAAUUGUGAAAUCAGCUGACGAUCAUCUAUAGUGGACAAUAACAAUGCGUCCAACACAAUUGGUCAAUUCAACAUCGGUUAACAAUCAAAACCAUAACAAUAGUCAAUCAACCAGUCCAUCAACUUUAUUUAAAUCUAACAAUCAAUUUAAUCACAAUCAACCAUUAGGAUCACCAAGUUUAAGUCCAGAAAUUAAUAUGAUGUUAAAUAUACAGAAAAAUGAUGAUAAAUCAAUCGACAUGGUAAAAAUCGAUGAGAUCCAUAGGGCAGUUACCUUAGGAAAUCUUCGUAAUGUUCAACAAUUAAUCGACCGGAAACGAUUGGCCUUUUGUCGGGAUCAAAUGGGAGCUACUCCUCUACACAAAGCGGUCAUUUAUGGUCAAAAAGAAAUCAUCGAAUAUUUUUUAGAACGAUUUCCAUCAACAAUACACACUCGAGAUAAUCGAGGACGGACACCCUUACAUUACGCUGCCGUUUUGCCAGAAAGUGCUGAUCUUUAUCGGAUGCUAUCUGAAGCGGGUGCUGAUGAGAAAUCAUUAGAUAUGUUUGGUAAGAAACCGGAAGAUUAUUUAAAUCAUCAAGAUGGUGUUUCCGUUGUCGUAUUAAGGGAAAGUGCGAUCGUAUCCCGUCCAUUAGGUCAACGUCGAAGUCGCAAAUCAGCAAGUCGUAACAUCGAUCCACAAAGUUGGUCUAAAAUACAUUCAUCAAGAUCAUUGAUGCAUCGUAGUAAUAUAAGAGAGUUAAUUAAGCAGGGAAAUAUAAUAACACUCGAGGAAAUUGUUAUCCAAGGUUAUGGUGAUCGGUUGAUUGGUGAAACUUCAUCCGCUCCUCUUGUCCAAGAGUUUCUUAAAAAUGUCCCAUCGUUAAUUGAUCAGAUUAAUGAACUUCAUAAAUCAGCUCAAAGAGGUAAUGUUAAUGAUUUGAAAAGUCUCCUCGAUCGGAAGGGGAUCGUUUUCGCUCGAGAUCAAAUUGGUUGUACUCCGUUACAUAAGGCCGUUUUGUAUGGUCAGUUUGAAGUCGCCUCUUUCCUUUCGAGUGAAUAUCCAUCUACCUUGGAUGCUCGUGAUCAUGAUGGACGAACAGCACUUCAUUAUGCAGCAGGAUUAGAUGACGAUCGGAUGAUUUAUAAUGUUCUAGUUAAAAACGGAGCUUCGGCUAAUCUACCAGACUAUAAAGGACGAUCGGCUGAAUACUAUUUACGUUUUCCCGAUCAGAUUAACUUGCAACAAUUAAUGAAACGAAGUCAACGUUUAAACGCAAACUACGCAAUAAACACUGCAAACCGAAUUAAAUCAAAAUCACCUUGUCGAAGAAGAGGAUUAUCACCUGAUUCUCGUAAGCCUGAGAUUCAUUUAAGUGGAUAUAAAAGUGACACUGGACUGAGUGACCAUGAAACUGGCGAUGCCGAUGGAGGGUCAAGCACUGGUUCGGUGGGUGAUGUUUCCCACUCUCUUCUGACCAAGGCCAAUUUACGUUCAAAGCCUGGUAGUAGUUUAAACUUUUCUUCACCGGCAAUAUUAAGAGAAGUUACAUCAGCCAAUUUAAGAAAAUGGAUCCAAGAGGCAGAUUUAAGUUCCCUGGAAGGAGCCAUUUUAGAGGGACAUGGAGAUCGGGUCAAGUCGAAGGUGGAAAUGUCCGAUCAGGCUAAAGAAUCACCCGAUAUACAGAAUUAUAUUCAGGAAACAUUACCCAAAGUGAUGAAUAAAAUUCGUAAAAUACAUGCGGCGGUUUCUUGCGGUGAUCUAAUUGGACUUCAAGAUCAUUUAGAUAAAAAUGAUUAUGCUCUCGCUAAAGAUCACUUGGGUAUGGCUCCGCUUCAUAAAGCGGUCAUUCUGGGUCAUAUUGAUGUGGUGCAAUUUAUACUAGAUCGCUUUCCGGAGACAGUUAAUGCUCGUGAUCGUGAGGGUCGGACACCAUUACAUUAUGCUGCAGCAACGACUCACAAAAAUGGCCAAAAGAUUUACAAAGUGCUUCUUAGAUCGGGUGCUGAUCAACGAGCUCGAGAUUCGGUUGGUAAAACUGCUGAGUAUUAUCGAGUUCAUUUGUUACCAUUGCCCGCUGAGCUUUCCCGAUUAGCGGUCAACUCUAAACGUAAAAAUGGUGAUGGUCAUCAUCAGGUUUUGUCGCCUUUACAUAAAAGAAGAGGAAUCUUAUUACCAAGUAUAAGGGAAAAGAUUAGCAAUGCUUUACACGAAGGCGACGCUGGGACACUUUUAGAGUUGACACUUGAUGGCUAUGGUGAUGCCCUUUUGGGAAGGGCGAGUUGGGGCGAUGAGUCGAGAAAAUUUCUUAAAGGAUUACCACAUCUUCUUGAUAAUAUCAGGACACUUCAUGCUUCCAUAACUAAUGGUGAAUUGUCUAAUGUUCAAAGGAUAUUGGAAACUGAUCCAAAUUUGAUUCGAGCCAAAGAUGAAAAUGGUCUAAUGGCCAUUCACUUGGCUGUAUCUCGAGAUCAACCAGAAAUUGUUGACUAUUUGUUGGAAGAAUUUACUUCUUCUUGUCUUCUAUUGAAGGAUCAGUUUGGUCGGACUGGUCUUCACAUUGCUGCUCAAAAUAAACAGCAAGAAAUUUACAAGAAGCUUCUAGAUGCUGGUGGAGAUCCGAUGAUUAUUGAUUUGAGAGGUCGAACCGCUGAUCAUUACCUUAAAUUACAGACAACCGGUGAUGCUUAUCACAAUAAAUUAUUCCCAUCAUCAGCUGUUAACAAUUCUGAUAUAAAUAAUUCACCAAGUAAACGGAAUCUAAGUAACAAUCAUAAUCCAUCACCGGUGGUUGAAGUGAAAAACAACAUCUCAGAUGAUCCAAGUGUCAAGAAGGAAAUUUCCACUAAUGAGAUCGAUUUAGAAAAUGGUAAAUCAAAAAGUGAACUAUUAGAAAUUAAGGAAAAUGAUACAAUUGAUCAACAAUCAACAAACGAUGAGCCAAAACCAGAACAAGAUGAAACCAGUAACCAGAAAGAUGAUAAUGAAAAUGAAUCUGGUGAUCAGAAUGAGUUAGAUGACAAAACUGAUGAAGAUAAGGAGGUUAAUCUCGAUGAAACUGAUACUAUAAACACUAAUCAACCGAUUGAACCAGAAAUUCAGUCAACUGUUAAAGAUUCUCCUGGUGAAUCUGGUCAAGAGACUGCAGAUGAAAACAUUGGUCAUUCUGGCGAUGAUCAGGUUAUCGUUAGUGACGAAGUGGUUAAAGAAAGUCCAGUUGAUCAAUCUGAACUGGUUGAUGAGUCCACGGAAGCUCAAGUGACCACGAACGAUGGUGAUGAUAGGGAAACCGAUAAAUCAAAUGAAACUCACAAAUCUGAAACCACCGUCGAGGAGACAAAGUUUGAAGAUGAUGAAGGAAGUGGGAUAAAAAUUGAAGAAAGGACUGAUGAUGAUGAAUCUAAGGAGAAAGAUGAUGAUUUAAAGGAUCAGCUGGUUGAAAGUGAAAAUAUUGACGAGGAAAAGAUUGAAAACAAUCGUCAAGAUGCUGUUAUCGAGGAGAAAAGUUUGCCUAAGGGCAAGAAAAUAAGUUCCAACACUAAAGGAGGAAUUAAAAAGUUCACUUCUCUCAAGAAAACUCCACCAUCGUCAACGGAAAGUGAAAAAGUUGUCGAAGAUAAAAAGAUGAAAGUUAAUCGAAAAACUAGUCUGCCCUCAGUAAUCGGUGCUCGAAGUAGUUCAAAGGAUCGGCUUGAGAAAAAGAAAGUAUCUCUUAAUAAUCGAAAUGGUCCCACUAUUGGUACCAAAGGGAUCGCUAAAAAUGUUCGGAUCAAAGAAGAUUCUGUUAAUAAACUCAACGAAGAAAAAACUGAAAAUAAUCCAACGAUCGAUGGUAAAAGUAGCGACGGAACUGAUGACAAAAUAAUAGAGAAUGAGCAUAAAGAGAAAGAUGAAGAUGAAGAGGUUGGAAAAAUGGAAGAGAAAUUGGAAGAAAAUUCCGAAAACAAUGAAAAGGAAGAAUCGAAUCAACCAGAACUGGAGAAUCAAAAUUCUGAAUCAAAUUUAGGUGAAAAUAUUCCCAAUGGUGAAGAUACUAAUCAAGGCACUGGUGGUGAUGGUGAAUCAACUGAUUUAAUACCAAUCAUUAAGGUUGAAGCUGAAAUAGUCUCAGAAGAUGAGACUGAACAAUUAGCUUCGUCUCAUGUUGAUUCAGAUGUUGAACGACAAGCGAAGGAAAUUGUUCAAGGAUUAGUUGAAUCAUCCAUUCAACAGGCUGAAUCUAAACUUAGCUUGAAUAUCGGCGAUGGUGAUGUUACUAGUAUUCAGGAAGCGAGUGAAUUAAUUGAUGAUAAAGUUGAUGAGAGAAUCAAAACCGGUGGAACUGAUUCAGAGGCUUCAGUCGAAGCUGCAAUUAAUCAGAUUGAGAAGGAUGAAGAAGAUGAAGAAAUCGGUAAUGCAAAUGGCGGAGAAAAAAGUUCAUCUCAACCGAAAGGAUCUAAACCACAAUCAGCACAUGAGAAAGAGGAUGAAAUAAAUUUAGAUGAAAAAUCAUCAGACCAAUCAAUUAAUCAAUCCAAUGAAAAUGAACCCAGUAAAUCAACUGCUCCAGAAUCCAGUGAGAUAAAUGAUGAAAAUAAUUCUGAACAAUCAAAACUUAACGAGAAUGAAAAAACUGAGUCAACUUCAAAUGAAAUCAAAUCUGAUGAUCACGAAAUUAGUUUAAUUGUCGAGGACAAAGAUGAAAUUAUUAGUCAAAAUCAAGAAUCAUCAAGAGAACAAAAAAAUCAAAAGGAUCAACAAUCAAAUGGAAAUAAAGUUGAUGAUCAAGAAACUAAAUUAGAUGAAGAGCAUAAAAUUAACAAUGAAAAUCCAGCAAAAUCCCCGAAAACUAGUGGUCUAAAUGGUCAACAAUCAGGUGGCGAUGGUCAAGUUGAUGAUAACGGGAAUGGUGCUAAAAGUGAUCAGCCCCCUCGUUCUGGUUCUGGUAAAAAGAAACCCAAAUCUGGUGAAUCAUCAUCAUCCCGUUUGAUGAGCGGAUCAUCACCGAUUUCUAAUAAUAGUAACGAUAAUGUGGACAUGUUAAACGAUCUAAUUGAAACUUGGCUUAAAGACGGUGACCUUUUAAGGUUAGAACAUGUUGUUAUCGCUGGUCAAGGUGAAAGGUUAAUCGGUAAAAAAUCAUCGAAAGAAACUGUGCAAGAAUUUUUGGAUUUAGUUCCAGCUUAUAUGGCAAAGAUUAGAAAUGUCCAUGAGACCGUAGUUCGAGGUAACUUCAACGAAGUCCGAUCAAUAUUAACGCGCAAAAGGUUUGCUCUUUCUCGUGAUCAUGUUGGUUCCAGUCCACUUCAUCUCGCCGUUCUUCAUGGACACAUGGACGUUCUUGUUUACAUAAUAACCCAAUUUCCGGAGACACUUGAUGGUCCAGAUAAUGAGGGACGGACUCCCCUUCACUAUGCAGCCGUUAUGGCCUCAAAAGAUAAACAAUAUUAUGAUAUAUUGAAAAAAGCGGGAGCCAAUCCGUCACUUAUUGAUAAAUUGGGUCACACUGCUGAUUUUUACCUUGAAAAUCCUCAUGAGUUGACCAUUGGUGACCUAUUGUCAAACUAUGCACUUAAAACGGAAAGUUCAUCUAACCAUAAAGAGCCAGGGUCAGUUGAUGUUUGGCAACGACCACCGACUGCUGAUAUUGAAUCACGAUUAACACCUUCACCAAGUGAUUCACAAUUAGAGGAAGAUGAAGGGCCAACUCAUCAUGAGAUUGCCGCUGAUGUUCAUGUAGAUGCCAAUGAAAAAGUACCAUCAACACCAACUAAUGGAAGUGGUGCUAAAGGCAAAUUGAGUACUAGUCCUGGUGUUGCAGAAGAAGAUGUCAAAAAGGAAGUGGAAACGAUCUCGGUUCAGUUUAAAGAGACAUUGAAAGAGGAGAAAAAUAAAUUACAAGAAAGUAUCCGUCAGAUUAUGGGCUCGGUCCCAGGUCAACCUCCGGAAAGUUUAUCUUCGGGUGAAGAAUCGUCCGAUGAGAGGAAAAGGGAAGAAGUGGUUAGUGAGUACGAAUUGUGCCAAGUAAAAGAUGAACACGGUCGAACGGUUCUUCAUCUGGUCUCCUCGAAACCACAGAAAAAAGUGAUUCUCUAUCAAAUGUUGGCCUCAGCCGAAUACUUGAUUCCGGAGAGAGAUGAAAAAUAUCGGACCAUUCGAGAUGUUGCCGUUAAUUCAGCUCUUAAAGAUAAUGUUCAGGUCAUUGAUAAUUAUAUUCUAGAUGCUUUUGUACGGAGAAAUGUGGGCUUUGUCCAGCGAUUAUCUCACGAAGGUUAUGAUCUGACCAACGUAGUCGACGAAGAGGGACACGAUGUAACCGCCGUUCUAAGGAAACGGAAAAUAACCUCAAUGAUUAACCUUCUUCAGGAUAUAACCUAUUUUCAGAAAUCACGGGAAGAGUUACACACAUUCAUUAAGAAUGAUUAUAUUCAGGGUGUUCUUGGUCUGGUCGAUUCUGAUGCCACCCUGGUAACGGCCAAAAAUCGUCGAAGUCGAACCGCUCUUCAUAUCGCCAUACUUUUCGGUAAUCUAGAUAUUAUAUCGAGUUUAAUUGAUGCUAAUCCAGAAGCUUCUAAUGUCCAAGAUAAUCUCGGACGGACUCCGCUUCACUAUGCGAUGGCCACGAGUAAAGUUGAACAUAUUGGUAAGAUGUUGAUCAAGGCUGGAGCUAAUCGACAGAUUCGUGAUGUGAAAAUGCGAACUCCAAGUUACUAUUUUGUUUACAAUGAUGAUAUAAGAGCAAUUAGAUCAGAAGAGAAAAACCUUCUCUGAUUGAUUCUUAGCUUAGUUAAUUGGGGAUCAUUUUGGUACAAUUAAUUACUUAGAUUUGAGGCCUUUUUCCGCAAUUAACCUGACCGUCCAAAGCGCUUACCCACCUGAUUAAAUGAUAAACAAAAUUACAAAGUAAACUCAUUCUAAAGUUUUGAGCAAUCGGAUGGAUAAUAUUACAAUUAAUUAAAUCGACAUGAAUAUGCAAUUUGAAUGUAACUUGUAAUUAGACUAAAAUCAAAUUAAGAAUCAAUGAAAAUCAUAAAAAAAUGUUAUAAUUAAGCAAUUAAAUGAUCCAUUUGUAAUUGUUAAUACAAUCAAUAAAUGACAAUAAUCAAAUCUAAUGAAAUCAUAAUUGACACAGAAAUU